AUGGCGGAACCCAGAGCUCGUGCCGCCAGGCACAAGGGUCAGAUGAAUUUUUCAUCAGAACUCCGCCUUCUCCUUCUCGCCUAUGGUGAUCCAAGUCCCCAUCCAUCAUUCCCCUCCGAACCCCUCCCCGAAACCGUUCGCGUGCUCGAUGAAAUUGUCACCGAUUUUGUCAUCGAGAUGUGCCAUGGAGCAGCUCAGUAUGCUACCUACUCGCGCCGACAGAAGAUCAAGGUCGAUGACUUUCGCUUUGCGCUGCGACGUGAUCCAAACAAGCUCGGUCGUGUGCAGGAACUGCUGCGGAUGGAGCGCGAGCUGAAAGAAGCUCGUAAAGCUUUCGACCAGAACGACGAUCAGGUUGGCAAUCUGAAGGAUGCUGCUGGGAAGAAGGGUCUAGAGGAUCUGACUGAGAGCGUGGAUGGGACGACCACCGGGAAGAAGAACAAGGGCAAGGGCAAGAGAAAUGCCCGCCGUGACUCGGAUGCAACGGAGGAAACAAUGCCGAAGAAGAGAAAGGUUGUAGGAUGA